AAAAUUCUUUUAAAAAUGGCACACUCUGAUAAAAUUGAGGCAUUUAAAGCAUGGGCCACAAGUCUUGGCUGUGCGCCCAGUGUCAUACCAGCCGAUGAAGAUCUCAGAAACAUCUUCAAAUCGGGCUCCCACCAGCUUUUUGCGCAACUGCAGAGACGUGUUCGACCUCGGGAAGAGGUGGAGGAGGUAAGGGCAAAUCUGCUCAUCGCCCAGGUGGAGCGUCAUAAGGGCAAGGUGGUGCCCCUAGCCUCGCGCAGCCUUCUACCACCGCAGCUUCAAAGGCUCCAACAAAUGAAGGAGCUGACGAAGGAGAAGGAGACUGCAGAACAAACUCUGAAGGAGGCCAGACAGGAGUAUAAUAAACUUUCCGCCAGCAUCAAAUCAAAGAACAUACAAACCAUUAGGGCCAAGAACCAGCGAGAUCUUCUGGAGUCAAAGUGCAAUAUGCUGGAGCUGAAACUGGAGUCUAUGAAAAAAUCGUAUGAGCAGGAGCUGAGGAACAAGGCCCAAAUCUUGGCGAGCACACCAGUCAAAUUGAGUUCGGAGAACGCUAGCGAGAAGCGGGCCACCAAGGUAGUGGAACAGGCGCUCAAGGAGCUAGAUACAUUUUAUGGUGUCUGCAAUGACGAGACCAACAGUGCAGACGUAUUGGCCCAGGCCAAGGAACGGCUUUGGAACGAAAUGCGGAGCAUCUUUUCUAAAACUCCUAGUGCUCCACUUUUCAAUGUAAUAAUGAAGAUCAAGGAGAAACAGCUUCAGUAUAUAACGCAACUAAGUACGGCGAAUAAGGGAAACACCCCAAAAGCCAAGCCCCUGUUGACCAACUACGAGGUAAAACUUCUGAAGACCAAAGCGGAGAUGCUCGGACUGGCGGCCAGGUACCUUUCUGCUGAUAAGGAGUUGGUCAAGCUGGAGGCUCGCUUCUGCGAGGACUAUACUCCUUUUGUUGACGAGCUGCAAAAGAAGGUGAACAGCUUCAAUGCGAUUGCCAGUACCGACGAGGACAGCACGGACGAGCUAAUCAGCGACUUUCUUGUACAGUUUACCAUGCGGACUUUCAAUAUGGCCCGCAACGAAUUCCUCGUCGAGCAAAUUGAGCAGCUGCGCCAGGAGCUGAAGGCAGGCGCCAAGCAGCUGGAAAAUCACGACCUAAUUCUAAGCUCCGUGAAACAGGUGUACAGCGCAGUAAGCACUGCCAUCAAUCGAAUACAGGAAGAUAUGGGCCAGCUCUCGCAGAUAAAAGAGAAGAUCCUCUUCUCGAGGAACAUGAUGAAGAACUUGCUCGAUGACAUGCAUGCAGCCACCCAGAGCCAGAAUGCCAAAUCUCAGCUGAUCAGCACCAAGCUAAAGGUCAACAACAUGUCGAUGCUGAGCUCGGAAAGCUUCUACAUGGCCAACGACAGUGUGUUCUGUAGCACCAAGCUUGAGUUCGAUGGCAACAACAGCAUUGCCAACUCCACUCUGGUGCCAGGAGCAGCCGGCUCGGCAGUUACUCUCACAUCUGGGCCCGGCACCCUUGUGCCCUGCCACCUUCUCGAACUAAACACGUUCGCCGAAAUGCCGCUGGUAAAGUUUAGCUGCGUACCCCGAUCCUGUGCUGGUUUGCUGUCGGCCAAUCCGCUCAUCGUUGAAGCCCAGGAGCUGGCCUCCACCGUUCAACUGGUGCCGGGCCAUCUGUUGACACCCUUCAGGGCCCUGCAGGAAGUCCGUAAACGCAUUUUGUGGGCGUCGGCAAUUGCCGCACACACGUCUGACUUGAAAUUGAGUUUGCAGCCGUUAAUUGUGGAUCCGCACGAUUUGAAGCUGAAGGCACGUCGGCAGCAGGAGGAAAUCGAACAAAAGCUGGACAGCUUAACGGGCAUCGCCGUGAAGUCCAGACUUCAGUUGCAAAAGGCUGAGCGCAUCUAUCACUUCAUACUCGAGAAUCCGUUGAAUCGCUACGUGCCUCCCACAAAGGUCUUCAGCAACGGCACCUUUUCCGACUACGAAUCGGAGUUCAAUCUGUAUUAUCGCAUGGCCACCAUGGAGGGUUCGUUUAUGGCCACUAAAUAAUUCAAGCAAUUCUUAGAAUGCAUAAGCUCAAAAUACUUUGUAGAUAGAUACAUCCCUCGAAGGGAAAAUAAAUUAUAAAUUAUAAAUCUUA